UUCAGCCGCGGGGCAGUAGACGCGCCUGUCUGCUGAGGGAGGAGACGCGCUUGCCGAGGCCGCCUGCGACGCUGUGCCCCGCCAAUCGGACACCAUGGAGGACAGCCGGGAUCCCGCCAGCGACCAGAUGAGCCGCUGGAAGGAGCAGCGGAACGGGCAGAAACCUCAUGUCCUGACCACGGGGGCUGGUAACCCAAUAGGAAACAAACUGAACAUUAUGACAGCAGGGCCCCGUGGGCCCCUUCUCGUUCAGGAUGUGGUUUUCACUGAUGAAAUGGCUCACUUUGACCGAGAGAGAAUUCCCGAGAGAGUGGUACAUGCUAAAGGAGCAGGAGCCUUUGGCUACUUUGAGGUCACGCAUGACAUUACCAGAUAUUCCAAGGCAAAGGUGUUUGAGAGUAUUGGAAAGAGAACUCCCAUUGCAGUUCGAUUCUCCACUGUUGCUGGAGAAUCGGGCUCAGCUGACACAGUCCGUGAUCCUCGUGGGUUUGCAGUGAAAUUUUACACAGAAGACGGUAACUGGGAUCUUGUUGGAAAUAAUACCCCCAUUUUCUUCAUCAGGGAUGCCAUCUUGUUCCCGUCCUUUAUCCACAGCCAAAAGAGAAAUCCUCAGACACACCUGAAGGAUCCGGACAUGGUCUGGGACUUCUGGAGCUUACGCCCGGAGUCUCUGCAUCAGGUUUCUUUCCUGUUCAGCGACCGGGGGAUUCCAGACGGACACCGCCACAUGAAUGGAUACGGGUCGCAUACUUUCAAGCUGGUGAAUGCAAAUAAAGAGGCAGUCUAUUGCAAAUUCCAUUACAAGACUGACCAAGGCAUCAAAAACCUUUCUGUUGAAGAUGCAGCCAGACUUUCCCAGGAAGAUCCUGACUAUGGCCUCCGGGAUCUUUUCAAUGCCAUUGCCACAGAAAACUACCCCUCCUGGACUUUGUACAUCCAGGUCAUGACAUUUAAUCAGGCAGAAGCUUGUCCAUUUAAUCCAUUUGAUGUCACCAAGGUUUGGCCUCAUAAGGACUAUCCUCUUAUUCCAGUUGGUAAACUGGUCUUAAACCGGAAUCCAGUUAAUUACUUUGCUGAGGUUGAACAGAUAGCUUUUGACCCAAGCAACAUGCCACCUGGCAUUGAGCCCAGCCCUGACAAAAUGCUUCAGGGCCGCCUUUUUUCCUAUCCUGACACUCACCGCCACCGCCUGGGACCCAAUUAUCUUCAGUUACCUGUGAACUGUCCUUUCCGUGCUCGAGUGGCCAACUACCAGCGUGACGGGCCCAUGUGCUUUCAGGACAAUCAGGGCGGUGCUCCGAAUUACUACCCCAACAGCUUCGGUGCUCCCGAGCAGCAGCCCGCAGCCCUGGAGCACGGCGCCCAGUGCUCUGCCGACGUGCGGCGCUUCAACAGUGCCGACGACGACAACUUCUCGCAGGUGCGGAUAUUCUACGAGAAGGUGCUGAAUGAAGAGCAGAGGAAGCGUUUGUGUGAGAACAUCGCCGGCCACCUGAAGGACGCCCAGUCUUUCAUCCAGAGGAAAGCGGUCAAGAACUUUGCUGAGGUCCACCCUGACUAUGGGAAACGCAUCCAGACUCUUUUGGACAAAUACAACAAGGAGAAGCCCAAGAAUGCGAUUCACACCUAUGUGCAGCCUGGCUCUCACCUGUCUGCAAGGGAGAAAGCUAAUCUGUGAGGCCAGCGGGCCCGUGCCUGGCCAAGGAGCUCUGUGCCUAUGAAGCAGCAAAGCUUUGUGUUCACACGUGUAACCCACUCAUCCCUGGAGAGAAGAUUCUCUUGUGCUAGAUGUGCAAAUGCAAGCUAAUGUCUUUAAAGUGAUAAUCCAGGUUUCUAUAGCAAAUAA